AUGGAGCUGCCUUCCCGAGGGCGGGCGCCGCUGGACUCGUCGCUGGACAGCUGCUCCCUGACCUCGUUGGAGUCCAGCGUUUUCUGCAGCGAGGGCGAAGGGGAGCCCUUGGCGCUCGGGGACUGCUUCACGGUCAACGUGGGCGGCAGCCGCUUCGUGCUCUCGCAGCAGGCACUGUCCUGCUUCCCGCACACGCGCCUGGGCAAGCUGGCCGUGGUGGUGGCCUCGUGCCGCCGCCGCGGGGCCCUGGCCGCCGUGCCCAGCCCCCUGGAGCUCUGCGACGAUGCCAACCCCGUGGACAACGAGUACUUCUUCGACCGCAGUUCGCAGGCAUUCCGCUACGUCUUGCACUACUACCGCACCGGCCGCCUGCACGUCAUGGAGCAGCUGUGCGCGCUCUCCUUCCUUCAGGAGAUCCAAUACUGGGGCAUCGACGAGCUCAGCAUCGACUCCUGCUGCAGGGACAGAUACUUCAGAAGGAAGGAGCUGAGUGAAACGUUAGACUUUAAGAAGGACACAGAAGACCAGGAGAGUCAACAUGAGAGCGAACAGGACUUCUCACAAGGACCUUGUCCCACUGUCCGCCAGAAGCUCUGGAACAUCCUGGAGAAACCUGGAUCUUCCACAGCUGCUCGAAUCUUUGGGGUCAUCUCCAUCAUCUUUGUGGUGGUGUCCAUCGUCAACAUGGCCCUGAUGUCAGCUGAAUUAAGCUGGCUGGACCUGCAGCUGCUGGAAAUCCUGGAGUACGUGUGUAUCAGCUGGUUCACUGGCGAGUUCAUCCUGCGCCUCCUGUGCGUGCGGGCCAGGUGCCGCUUCCUGAGGAAGGUGCCGAACAUCAUAGACCUCCUUGCCAUCUUGCCCUUCUACAUCACUCUUCUGGUAGAGAGCCUGAGUGGGAGUCAGACUACACAGGAGCUGGAAAAUGUGGGGCGCAUUGUGCAGGUCUUGAGGCUGCUCAGGGCUCUACGCAUGCUAAAGCUGGGCAGACAUUCCACAGGAUUACGCUCACUCGGGAUGACAAUCACCCAGUGUUAUGAAGAAGUCGGCCUACUGCUCCUCUUUUUGUCUGUGGGAAUUUCUAUAUUUUCAACUGUGGAAUAUUUUGCUGAGCAGAGUAUUCCUGACACAACCUUCACAAGUGUCCCUUGUGCAUGGUGGUGGGCCACAACAUCCAUGACUACUGUGGGAUACGGGGACAUUAGACCAGACACCACCACAGGCAAAAUCGUGGCCUUCAUGUGCAUAUUAUCAGGAAUCCUUGUCUUGGCCUUGCCUAUUGCUAUUAUUAACGACCGCUUCUCCGCUUGCUAUUUCACCUUAAAGCUCAAGGAAGCAGCUGUUAGACAGCGCGAAGCUCUGAAGAAGCUUACCAAGAAUAUAGCCACUGACUCAUACAUCAGUGUGAACUUGAGAGAUGUCUAUGCCCGGAGUAUCAUGGAAAUGCUUCGGUUAAAAGGCAGAGAAAGGGCAAGUACUAGGAGCAGUGGAGGAGAUGAUUUCUGGUUUUGA